AGUAAUUGUUACAAAUUAAGACAAAAAAUAUGAAUGAAGACUAAAUACAAUCGCCUCAAUAAUAAAAUAACACGAGGCUAUAAACAGAAUAACUUGACACUACGUGUUAAUUGUGCCCACGUUGCUUUUUUAUGCGCGAUGACAUUUCACGUCCCUUGAAAAUAAUAUCUAUUAACCCGCAGUUUGAAAGACCACGAAUGGGUCAUUAAUUGUGUUAUAUAUCGUAGAAACAAUCGUGAAAUUACCUAAAGCUUUCGUUAGCCAACUGAUGCAAACCCAAAAACAUGGAACCUGAAGUGGUAAAAUGCUAACUCGCUACCUGUUUUUUAAUUAUUUCCUUUUAUUUAUGUCCUAUUUCCUAAUGUAGAAAGAAGAACAUAACAGUACAAAUGAACAAUUUAGCUCAUUCAGUUCGAUUCAGGAUAUUACAAAGGACCAGAGCGAGAGCAUAACAUACAGGGCCGUAACCAGUUAAUGUUGUGAAGGGGGUGGUGACGUUAGUUCUUUUUCUCAAAAAGUGGACAUUUUUUGUCCUUUUCCCCCACAUUUAUAAUAUUAUUUUGAGGUUCAAAUUCUUGUAUGGUCACUGUUUAUACGAAUGCCCCACUCUACACACAGACGGAAAAAAAUGGUUAUCCAGCCGCUCGUCCUGCACUCUUUGAUGCAACAAGUACAUCAUUUGUUGUUGGAUGUGUUCCUGGUUCCGGUUGAUCUAACUAAUGCAGCCUUCUUGGCUGUGCAAUAAAUACAUAAUGGAAAUAAUUGACUAGGGACCAACUGCAAAGCGAAUAAAUGUUCACAGGUGGAUGCUUUUAUGCUAAGAUCGCUUAUGCGGGUCAGGGCUGACCGUGAAACGCGGAAGUCACGCAUGCAUAAAGCCCAUUGUAUUGAGUGGUGUCUAAUGUUGUGUUCAGACCGAACGCGAAUUGCGCGAAUAAAUCGCGUAAUUCGCGUGUACUUUGACGCUUGAACAUUUUAGUUUACUCGCUUCAUUGGCGCGUCAAAUUCGCUUCAUUGGCGCGUCAAAUUCGCUUCAUUCGCGCGUCAAACUCACUUCAAUGCAGACGCGAAUUCGCGUCAUGGGAGGGGCCUCUGCCAGCAGGCUCCAAUCCAUUAUAGAUAAAUUGCUUAAAUUGUGUAAAGAUCGUUUUUGACAACUUGCCAGAUUGUCCGACCUCCUCACUCACUUUCUUCCAAGCAAAAUCCUUUUUAUUUCAGUUUCGAUAAAAGUAAGAUGUAUCGUACAGCUCCAGGUAUCCACAUAAUGCAACGGUGAUUUUGUCCUCCAUUGUUGUUGAGAUUUCUGCGUCCCCUCGCAACAUCAUAAUCACCUGACUGCUAGAGCAAGUUCAGAUUUUUCAACUCGAGCGAAUCGCGCGAAUUGAGCGUUCGCGUGAUUCGCGCGAUACGCGCGUUUCGCGCGAUUCGCUCGAGUUGAAAAAUCUGAACUUUGGCGAAAAUUCGCGCCGCGUUAACCAAUCAGUAGCUUGCUCUAGCAGUCAGGUGAUUAUGAUGUUGCGUUGUCCGCGCAAUUCGCGUCAUUCGCGCAAUUCGCUUCAUUCGCGCCGCCUCAUUCGCGCAAUUCGCGUCAUUCGCGCCGCCUCAUUCGCGCGAUUCGCGCCGCAAGUAGGUCUAUCGCGUCUUUGCAUUGACUUAACAUGUAAAUCACUCGCGCUUGACGCGCCAUUCGCGUUUGGUCUGAACACACCAUAAGGAAAUGGAAACUUGUUAUUUCUGCGAAACUUACUGUCAACACAAACUCAUUCUAUGGAAACAAACACUAGUUUUUUAGGUGAAAUGAAACCGAAACCUAACCGGUUGAAUGAUAUCCACGUCAGUGCUUGUAUGUCCAGUGUCCAGUGAGUAUACCUGCUUCUUUCUGUCCUCAACUCUUUUCUACGACAAAUUUAUGGGAAGUUUUAGGAGGGCUAGAAAAGAAUCAACAUACAUUAACAUGUCUCCACAAGGUCCUUCAAGGCGAGGAAAUAUAGCUAGUGGUCUGAACCAACACUAUGAAGAAAAGGUGCGUCCCUGUAUUGACCUUGUGGACCAUCUCAGAACACUAGGUGUUGAGAAGGACCUGAACCUGCCAGCUAUUGCUGUUAUAGGUGACCAGAGCUCAGGAAAGAGUUCUGUAUUAGAGGCGCUGUCUGGAGUGGCACUGCCCAGAGGAACAGGUAUCGUCACUCGAUGUCCCCUUGUGCUCAAAUUGAAGAGAGUGAAAAAAGAAGACACCUGGCAUGGAUUGUUGUCAUUCAAGGAUCAAUACAAGAAACUCAAAAAUCCAGCAGAAAUAGAGAAUGCUGUCUUGGAUGCUCAAACAGCAUUGGCUGGAAAAGGAGAAGGAAUCAGUUCUGAAAUGAUCACUCUAGAGAUCCAGUCGAGUGAUGUCCCUGAUCUUACUCUCAUUGACCUGCCAGGCAUUGCUAGGGUUGCCACUGGCAACCAGCCUAAAGACAUCGAGAAACAGAUUAAAGAUCUAAUUGAAAAGUUUAUUAAAAAACAAGAGACUAUCAGUUUGGUGGUUGUGCCGGCAAACAUUGAUAUUGCCACCACUGAAGCACUACAGAUGGCAUUCAGAGUGGAUCCAAACGGUUCCAGGACACUGGGUAUUCUGACUAAGCCAGAUUUGGUGGACAAAGGCAUGGAGGAGACCGUAGUCAAAACCGUUAACAAUCUUGUGAUACCACUUUACAAGGGCUACAUGAUUGUUAAGUGCCGGGGCCAGCAAGAUAUCAAUGACAAACUUACUCUGGCCAAAGCCUUGGAUAAAGAAAGAACGUUUUUUGAUGAAAAUCCUCAUUACAGGUCUCUUCUUGAGGAUGGUAAAGCUACAAUACCCUUUCUUGCAGAAAGACUCACUAAAGAACUGGUUUUGCACAUAUCCAAAUCACUUCCACAGUUAAAGAAACAGCUUGAGAUGAAACUAGCUAAGACCACUGAUGAUCUCAAAGUGCUUGGAGAUGGUGUUCCUCUUGAUCGACAUGAAAGAGACAAUUUUCUGAUUAUGAAACUCAGGCAGUUCAAUGAUGUACUUGAAGGAGUAAAAAGAGCUGAAGAAGACAUAAAAAAUUCAGACAUGAGGGUCUUCACCAAAAUUAGAAAGGAGUUUAGCAGAUGGAAAUGCCUCCUGGAUGACAAAACUGUUAGGACGGAGGAACACCUUCGAGAUGAGGUUGAAGAGUACAUUAGAAAUCGGAGAGGAAAGGAGCUUCCUGGAUUUGUUAACUACGGAACAUUUGAGAGCAUUGUCAAGAAACAUAUCGAGGAGCUAGAGGAACCUGCAUUAAAACUCCUCAAGGAUGUCACAGAUAUUGUUCAUUCUUGUGUGAACACCAUUGUUAGCCAUCACUUCAAGGCGUUCUCUUGCCUCAUGAGGGCUGCUAAAGAUCCAAUUGAAGAUUUUCUUGAAAAUGAGUUUCGGAAAGCGGAGGAGAAAGUGCUGUCUCAGUUUAGGAUGGAGAAGAUUGUGUACUCUCAAGACUCUCUCUACAGUCGCCAGCUAGAAGCUGUAAAACAGCAACCAAGCACAACUGGCUUUGUUUUUUCAAAGGGUAGGAGCAUCAGUGCCGAUGUACGAGAGAUGGCACAGCACCUCAAUGCCUAUUUAAUGAUCACCUCUGACCGUCUGGCUAACCAAGUGCCGCUGAUAGUUCAGUACCACAUGCUGGAUCAGUACAUAUCUCUGCUUCAGAAUGCGAUGCUUGCCAUGAUUGGAAGAAACAUUACAGAAGAUCUGCUCAAAGAAGAUUCUGAUGUUGCUAGUAAAAGAAAAGAGCUGAUCGAGCGCCUGGGGCGCCUAAAGUCUGCUGGCAAAGUUAUGUCCAAGUUUGUGAUUUCUGCACACUGAGCACAGUUUUUUUCAUAUACAGUACAUACCUAGCUUCAGUCUAUGUAUUAGGAUAUGUCAUAUUUUAUGUUGUUUCCACUAUAGCCAGUUUAAAUUAAUUUGCUAGAUCUUAAGAAAGUUGGAUUAUUCUGAUGUUGACUUCACUGUACAUUUAUUUUCCAUUCAGCUGGCUCUGUUUAGGAGGUUUAUUGGGAAGGUCACCAUAGUCUUGUUUGCUGACUGGGUGCCUAAAUAGUACUGGCAAAGUUUUGUCCAAGUUUUUACAUUUUGGACACUGAGCACAGUUUUCUUUGUUAUAGCCUAACAGAUGCUUCAGUUUAUUAUCCAGUCUAUUUUAUAAGGAUGUCAUAUUUUAUGUUGUGUUCCACUGCAGCCGGUUAAGUUAAUUUGCUAGGUGUAAAGAAAGUUACAUUGUUCUAAUGUAGACCACACCAGUUUUUUUCCAUUCAGCUAGUUCUGCCAAGAAGGUUGUAUAUAUAUUGAACAGUUACAUAAAUAAACCAUUUAACUGCUGUAACACAAUCUUCAGCAAAUUAUUAUUGGUUUUUUUUUAAUGUCAAGCGUUUUCCCAAAAAGAAACAUAUUUGAAAUUGUGUUAAGUAGGCUAUUAUUUUAUUAAAACUACAAUACAGACGUACGCUGUUCCAGACAUCUCGGAAUUACGACAUUUCCCACCUCAACAUCAUCAUUAGAGGCGGGGAGUUCAUAAAGGGCAAAUAUGACAUUGAGGGGAGACAUACAUUAUUACAUAAAAUGAAACCAAACCCCAUGAUUUUGAAGACGACUCGCGCUCGUGUGUCUAGGCUCUCUAUCGGUGGCUUGAAUUCAGUGAGUAUUCAUUUUUUCCACAUUUUAACCCAAUUGCUAUUCUAUUGUAGCUAUAUGUUUUAGGAUCACUAUUUAAUUGUCAAAUUUGUUUCGAAGUUCAUGCACUUUUGGCUGACCAUAUUUUUAAGGUUAUUCUAAGAAUACUUAUGUAGCCUAAAUCCAAAUGAUUGCGCGAAUGGUUUGUGAAAACUCGAACAUCUAAAACGUUUAUACCAAACUUAUUAAAUAUACUGUAAAGGAAGCUGAUCCAUUGACGUUUAAGGGAUAUUAAAAUGUUAAUUUAUUCAAUUGAAUAACACAUUUAGAAAGGUUAAUUAUAAAAAAUACAAAUGCAUCUACAAUUAAACAAGAAAUAAACGAUAUAUGUGAAUGCUCAGGGGUUGACAUAAGUGGUGCGCAGCGCGAACACAAUUAAAAUGCGCACUGUAAAUAGGUUUAGACCGCUUAUUUGCGUACUGACAUGGUUGAAACCUCUUGAUGCAGAAUCACCGUUUUAGACCGACUAAGUUUUAUACUGGAUAAGAUUUCCGUUUGAACCGAUUGUGCUAAAACUACUGAUAUCUCGUUAUUGGUAUUGGUAGCUCCGCAUUUGUUGGUUCUGGUUUCGGUAGAGAAGCAUGCGACACGCGCAGCCUCUGUGAAUGUCUGGAUCUACACAGCGCGCACGUCUACCAAAACGCCGCUUCUCUUAAACUUUCUAUAAGGACAAGCUGUUUAAACUUGACACUUGCACGCAGCUUGUGUUUCUCUAUGCUAUUCUCGACCCUAGCUCCGCACCGCACUGCAAGUCUCCAUGUGCGCACCCAAGUGCACUUCCCAGCAACCUGCCAAAAACGAAAAAAGGUUGUCGUUUUAGGUUUCAAAAUUGGUGUUGAAAAUGAAUAUUUACUAAUGUCAAAAGAAAAACAAGAAGAAAUACGUUAUAGAUGUAUUUUAAGUGUACUUUAAAAUAAUAUAAAUAUAGUAUUAUCCCACUUUAUUAUUUUGUUUAUUGUUCUUUAAAAAGUAACUACUUUUUUACUUUUAUAUUUAAUGGGUAAAUAUAAUCUGUCACACUAUGUGCAAUGUGAGCACCAAACUGAAUCUCUAGGUGCUCUCUUGAGAACCAGUUAAAAAAACGUAUGUGCACUCCUUUGAAUGCUCCAUCUCUUGAUCCACUCCAUAACAUCAACUGUUUCCGAAAGUCGCUCAUUUGCAAAAAAGUUAGUUUAAAUGUAACAAUGUAACAAUCCCCACAGUGAAGUUGGUUUUGAGUCGUACUGAGCGGAGUAUAUUGAGCUUCAAUUCACUGUUGAGCAAAACUGUCGAUUACUCUGAAAUCACGUGUUGCAAACAGGGUUGGAACAAAGUAUUCUCUCUACCUUAAAUUUACUGAAAGUGAAAGUUGAAUUGUGUUGAAAUUUGACUCCCUGCCAGAUUAAAAAUCCCCUAAUUUUCCACUAUGGGUAGGAGGAUUAGGUGUGGCAUCACGGCUUCGUUUUGGGAGUGUCAGUAAAUUUACAGUACAGCAUGCUUUCGAAAAUAAAUGUUUUACCCUUUUUGCAUUUCAUUUACAUUGAGAGUUUAUUACAGUUUUGUCAGGAAAACUCCAAAAGCAAAAACCACAAGGUGCAGCACGGAUAAUAACCCCUUACGUUAGUUUCUGGUUCCCAGAAAGUCUUUUUUAGGGUUUCUUUUUUGUUAUCAUUGAGGAAAUAAAACUUUAGUUUCAUGGCUUCUAUAAUGUUGGGAGAACGUUCCUUAACGUUAGUUGUUGGUUCAGAGAUCGUUAUGGGAACCUGAUACUAACGUUCUAUUUCCACAAAGAUAACAUUCCUGGAGAACCAAAAAGGAACCUGGGAACCUAAAAUUGUUAGCUUUGAAUCCACUAGGCUGUGUACAGAUAAUAAUCCACAAGGCAGAGUUCAGUUAACAAUGAUCCCAGAGUCCUUCUUGACCACAUGGGAGGUAAUCACUGGAGAUAGCGUCCACAAGACUGACAAGCAACAUACGCUCGGACGAAGUCCAUAAAUCCGACAGGAGACGUUCACAGGAGUAAUAUUCUUGACCUUAAGAUUUCCUCUAAAUGCAGAGCGGCACGGCAGACUGGAAAGCCCUUCCACGAGCUAUCCAAAUGACCAGCCAGGAAACCAUGGUAUACAUUGCAGGACUUGCACUGCAGGCAGACAAGAAGUAGACAAAGUUGUGGCAAAAACAUCACUGGAGCUUAGAGGAAAAAUGUGAUUAACUAGGAAACCCAAAAACUAAGAAUUUACUCGACAAAUGAGAAAGCAGGAGGGGAGAGAGAAACCAAAACCAGUCCAGGGUGAGGAGAGCAGAACAAUAAUGAGAAAGCAAGCGCGGGAAAUGAGGGGUUGUGGGUAACAGACAGAGAGACCGAACGCAUGGCAAGCCAAAUCAUGUGUUCGAAACAAAACAAACAACCCUAACAAAGUGCUUAGACCCCGCGACCCGACAAUUUUGCUCAUACAAAGCAUAUAAUGAGAGCAUGCAAAGUGCGUUUAAGGUAUGACAACGGAAAAGUAUGAUUUUUGUGAUCCAUCAAGCAGAUGGAGCUUCAGUUUAUUAUCCAGUCUAUUUUAUAAGGAUAUCACAUUUUAUGUUGUGUUCCAGUGCAGCCGGUUAAGUUAAUUUGCUAGGUGUAAAGAAAGUUACAUUGUUCUAAUGUAGACCACACUAGUUUUUUUUUCCAUUCAGCUGGUUCUGCCAAGAAGGUUGUAUAUAUAUUGAACAGUUACAUAAAUAAACCAUUUAACUGCUGUAACACAAUCUUCAGCAAAUUAUUAUUGGUUUUUUUUUAAUGUCAAGCGUUUUCCCAAAAAGAAACAUAUUUGAAAUUGUGUUAAGUAGGCUAUUAUUUUAUUAAAACUACAAUACAGACGUACGCUGUUCCAGACAUCUCGGAAUUACGACAUUUCCCACCUCAACAUCAUCAUUAGAGGCGGGGAGUUCAUAAAGGGCAAAUAUGACAUUGAGGGGAGACAUACAUUAUUACAUAAAAUGAAACCAAACCCCAUGAUUUUGAAGACGACUCGCGCUCGUGUGUCUAGGCUCUCUAUCGGUGGCUUGAAUUCAGUUUUGAGACCAGCUCUGCAAACGCUCGGUUCUAAGUAUUGAAGACACUUGGAAGUAAAUUCCCACCACUUUGAUUGGAUAGCAAUUUACGUAGUUGGAGCCUUCUGUCGAUUUGGUUCGAGACGUAACGUAAGGUUACACAUUAGCACCAUUCACAGUUUUCGUAGGUCAUUAGUAUUAUCUGGAGACCUUCUGUGAUUUAUAAAUGACCAGUUUUUCAUUAGUUUUUCAUGUGACGCAUUAGCAAGGGAUGAUUUUACUCAAAUUUACGGAGUUAUUUCCCGGAUAUGAUGGCAAGGCUUUGUGUAUAGUUUAUAUAGCCUAUACUUGUUUUGCAUUUAAUGAUAUAUGACCGUACCUGUAAGCAUUUGAGACCAGUGAUCCUGAAACGGACAAAAGAUCACCGCGAUCGCGGGCCUCAAAUGUUACGAGAGUUUCCAUGAUAAAUAAACAGACGGGAGACUCCCGGUAACUUGUGGAUAUCACCCAGCACCUGAAAUAAUACCAAAACACUUCAAAGCAGCCUCCAUUCUUUGCAAACAGUGUGUAAAACCUUGAAAAAAUAUAUAUGAGCCCACUGAAUCACAGAGAUGGCGAUUCGCACGGGCUUAAGACAACCAUUGCUUGUGAACCAUGGCAUUGCUUUUUAAUUUUAAACUCUCCACAAAUUGAGUCUCGACCUGUGCCUUGUUCACGAAGGAAUCCUCGGAGAAAUGAAAUGAACAAACGCUCCAUGUUUUUUCCACAUGAGCUGGAACGUCUUUAAAAAUAAACUUUACCCCUGCACUCCUAAUAUCGGAAUCCGAAGGAAGGUUAUGCAGCGACAAGUUUUAUUCCACAACCAGGGAUGGCACAAUAUUUAGCUAUCUUUAACGGCAUGUUUGUUUAUUGCUUGCUCGCUCUAUUGCAGUUCCAUGCCACUGGUUCUGUCAUGCGUGAACCAGUGGGUGGGGAUAGAGAUGCAGUCAUUGAUAUUUUUUUCUGUAGGUGGUGUUCAACCUAUCAAUGUCGUCAUAGAUAGGUGCAUUCCAGAACCUGGCGUUCCGUUCGCUGUGCUUGGUGUCAAUAAUAGAUGUAAUCUCAGUAACAAAGGCGUUUUCAGUUCCGACACUCACAUGAUGUUUGCGUGAAUACGAUUCCCUCUUAUAUAACAAAGGGUCGGGUUAAAAUUGUGAUAUUAAUUCAUGCCUCCUUUAACUUGCGUAGGAAUUUAUUGAAAUUGGUUGCACUGCGACAUUAUUUUUUAGGCAACGGCUGGAUUUUUGUGUUGCCAGCAGCACUGAGCAGAGUAUUUGAAAUGCGUUUAAUCAUUU